GACACGUUCUUUACUUUAUGUGUUAUGCUAUAUUUGCUACAUUGUACAUAACUUUCACAUGCUCUUGGAAUGAACCUGCCUCAAUUAGCACUGCAUCUAUUCAUUUCCUAUAUGUUUAGGUGAUCACAAUUACCUGCCACAGCAGCUGAUAGAUCCAGUUAAAGAUGCUGAUGCAUAAGUGAGUCAAGUGACCUUGUUUAGCUUAAAGCAAGAUCUAAAAUGGAUGCAGAUGACUCUGACUGGGAGUUCUAUGAUGAGUCAGCUGAUGAUUCUAUGGAUGAAUCAGAUGCUCCAACACAAAGUCCUCCUGAUGUUCUGACACAAAUUCCUCUGGAUGUUCCAACACAAAGUCCUCCUGAUGUUCAGACGCAAAGUCCCCCUGAUGCUCCAACACAAAGUCCUCCCAACGCUCCAACACAAAUUAGCCCUGGAGACACAGAGGAAGACCAACCUACUUUGCCAAAACGGGCACGGCUUACAGCUGAUGUUGUCAUUUAUUCCAGAGUGCCACGUAAGACUAGUCUUCAAAGACAGACUGAAAAGCUGUUGCCACCUUGUGAAAGUGUUCAGCGUGCCACUCAUUCAAGGGUGGGCUCUUCUUUGCAGUCUGGUAGUGGAAGCCAUGGAGCUGGUGAUGUCAACCAAGAAUUACUUCAUGCAGCUCGGGACAUGCUGUGUGACUCCACAGGCAGGAACCCGACGCUCAAUCUCUACAACAUGGACAACAACACUGGGGUUACAAUCAAGUCAGUUACAAGAGCAAUGGAUCCACAGUUAAAGAAUCUCAUUGAUCAGAGUCAUCUCCGUCUGAGGGAUUUGAAAGAGGAACCAUUUGUAAAGACACACUUCAUCACACAGUCUGAAGGGUUUUUACACACAAGGGGUAUGGUUGUCCUCACUGGCAGGUCAGGCGAUGGAAAGACGACUGCUGGUUUGCACUUACUGAAGAGUUUCUCCGAACAAGAGUCCCGGAGCCCUGUCAUUCUCACUGACCCCAAUCAGUGGGACCAUAUUCCAGUGAAACAGCAUGAAAGGAAGGUUCAACAAACCUUUUUUGUGUUGAUAGAUGAUGCAUUUGGAAAAACCAAUCUGGUUCAGGAUCUGGAGAACAGAUGGAACCAGAAAUUCCCUAUGAUGAUCCCUGUCAUAGAGGAUGGGGUUGUCAAACUGGCAAUAACAAGCCGUUCACAUAUAUUGUCAGCAUGUGUUGCUAAAACUACUUUUCUGAAGAAAUGUCCAGUGGUUGAUUUCUCAGUCAUCGAAGAAAACCAUGCAGAUGAAAGACUAGCUAUUCUAGAAGAUCAUUUGAAACUUUCUGGAACUGAAACCUGCAUUGACACAAUCGAGAAACAAAGGAUUGUCCAAAGCAGUGACCUGAUGGGAUUUCCCCAAUGCUGCUCUGUCUUCUCUAAAGAUAAAUCCAUUCAUCACCAGGCUUCAACUUUCUUCUUCAAGCCACUAACGUAUAUAUCAGAGAAUAUAGAAAGUUUGUCCGACGGGGACCCAGUUGGCUAUACAGUGCUUUUGUUGGUAUUUCUGAAAGGAGGAGAACUACACAGGAGAAUAUUUAAUCCAUUUGACAGAUCAAAAGAAGACAGCGACCUCCUAGAGAAGUUUCUUAGUUUCAGUAGUUGUGACAUUCAACAGUUAGAGAGAAAAGCCAAGAGUAUGUGCACAACGUAUCUGACCUUUGUGGAAAACACAGACAGCUAUAGGUUUGUACAUCAAUCAGUAAUGGAUGUCGUUUCCAUUCAAGUCUGCAAAACGCAGCUCACAACUGGACUCAAAUUCUGCACCAUCAGUGUUUUACUGGAAUAUGUAAGAACAACACUGACUCCAGAAUCUGAUCAUAUCAUAUUAAUCCCCAGGAAUAAGUUUGACAUUCUUUCUGAGAGACUCACACAAGAACUAUUCACCACAAACCAGGAACUAAUCAUUACCCACCCAGCCUUUCAGGACCCUGAAUUGUGUCAAUUUUUGAUACAUAGUUUCUGGAAUGAGGAAGACAAAAUGAAAAUGCUAAGGUUUCAAAACUGCACAAAAAAAGUCUUCACCAAAAUAUUCUUCACUGAGCAAACAGUGGAAACCCUUUCUGCUUUGGCUCUAGGCAUUGCCAUGGUUACAGAGAACAGUGUACAUGUUGAAGAUGUCUUGGUCCUGGAGUUUACUUCUGUCUUGUGUUUGUUCACACUCAGUGGCUGCAACCUGAUAGUGAUGGAACUGCUGGCAACUGCAGAGAACUCUGUGUCAGAGGAGGACAUGACUCAAACAAGACAAGAUGUACUAGCCACUGCUGUAUAUAAGGGAAAUUCAGCAUUGAUUGAAGAAAUGUUACAGAGAAAGACUUGUUUAUCAGAAGCCUGCAUUAUUGCAGCAUGUGCCUCUGAAACUGCAGACAACACUGCCUUUGAUCACAUCCUGGAAACAUCUGAUGCCCAAAUCAUGAACAUUUUCAAUUGGCCACUUGUUGCAAUACUGCUGGAAAAGAAUAAAUGGGAAACUAUAGAGAAACUUGCCUAUUUUAUGUGUAAAACUGACAAAGGUAGGGGACUUCUAAUGCAGCUGUGCAAGUGCUUGUUAUUGCAGUUUCAUAACGUGACACCGCUGUUGUAUUUGAGUACUUUUGGAAGCAUAAAGAAAGAUUCACUUUUAGAGAUGAUGCCAUUCUUGUCCAGUGUUGGUAUAAACUGUUCCACCAAUGAAAUGGUACUGUUGGCAGUAGGAUAUAGAGAAAGAUAUCCUCUUUCAAUGAUUCAUGGAUAUGGUGGAAACCUUGCAUGUACAACAAGCAGAGGAGACACACCACUUCACCUUGCAGCUCACAUAGGCACAGCAGAGAUGGUGGAAUAUCUGUUACAACACCAUGUAGACAAAUCUUUUGAGAAUGAGGAAGGAUGGCUUCCACUCCACUUUGCUGCUCAGUCAGACAUAGCAAGUGAUGCAAAACUUCAUCUCCUCUUUGAACCUGAACAUGCGUCCACUGCCACACUGUCAGGAAUGACACCCCUGAUGUUGGCCUGUAAGGCCGGGAACAUAUUGUGUGUUGAAUACUUUAGACAGAAAGGUUAUGGUAAUCAUGGGGACCAUCCGAUACAUGCUGCUAUCCUUGGUGUCUCUGAAGUAUGUACAAAGCACAACCUUGGCAAUCUUGUAUUCAUACAAAAAUGGUUGAACACCAUUGACAUUCUCCUAGACAUUGGUUAUUCCUUCAGCGACAAAUCAAAAAAUGUACACUCAAUUGAGCUUAUAAUUCAGUUAGAGAGGGAGGAUAUUGGGAGAGUAUUUUUAGAAAGAUGGCCAUCUCUUCAGGAUGAAUUGAACAAGAGUAAAGGCACACCACUUCAUGUAGCAGUUAAGCAUGCCAAACAUGAAACUGUUCAGUAUCUCAUAGAGAAAGGUGCCAAUGUUAAUGCAGAAGAUAACAAUCAAGUCACACCACUUCAUGUAGCAGUUGAGCAUGCCAAACAUGAAACUGUUCUGUAUCUCAUAGAGAAAGGUGCCAAUGUUAAUGCAGAAAAUAACAAUCAAGUCACACCACUUCAUGUAGCAGUUGAGCAUGCCAAGCAUGAAACUGUUCACUAUCUCAUAGAGAAAGGUGCCAGUGUUAAAUCAGAAGAUAACAAUCAAGUCACACCACUUCAUGUAGCAGUUGCGCAUGCCAAACAUGAAACUGUUCUGUAUCUCAUAGAUAAAGGUGCCAAUGUUAAUGCAGAAGAUAUCAAUCAAGUCACACCACUUCAUGUAGCAGUUGAGCAUGCCAAACAUGAAACUGUUCUGUAUCUCAUAGAGAAAGGUGCCAAUGUUAAUGCAGAAGAUAUCAAUCAAGUCACACCACUUCAUGUAGCAGUUGAGCAUGCCAAACAUGAAACUGUUCUGUAUCUCAUAGAGAAAGGUGCCAAUGUUAAUGCAGAAAAUAAGAAUCAAGUCACACCACUUCAUGUAGCAGCUGAGCAUGCCAAACAUGAAACUGUUCUGUAUCUCAUAGAGAAAGGUGCCAGUGUUAAAUCAGAAGAUAACAAUCAAGUCACACCACUUCAUGUAGCAGUUGAGCAUGCCAAACAUGAAACUGUUCACUAUCUUAUAGAGAAAGGUGCCAGUGUUACUGCUAGAGGAAGGCUUGGAGUCACACCACUUCAUGUAGCAGUUGAACAUGCCAAACAUGAAACUGUUCUGUAUCUCAUAGAGAAAGGUGCCAAUGUUUAUUCAGAAGAUAACAAUCAAGUCACACAACUUCAUGUAGCAGUUGAGCAUGCCAAACAUGAAACUGUUCAGUAUCUUAUAGAGAAAGGUGCCAAUGUUAAUGCAGAAGAUAACAAUCAAGUCACACCACUCCAUGUAGCAGUUGAGCAUGCCAAACAUGAAACUGUUCAGUAUCUCAUGGUGAAAGGAGCCAGGGUUAAUGCUAGUGAAAGGUCUGGAGUCACACCACUUCAUACAGCAGUUGAGCUUGCCAAACAUGAAACUGUACAGUAUCUCAUACAGAAAGGUGCCAGGGUUAAUGCAGAAGAUAACAAUCAAGUCACACCACUCCAUGUAGCAGUUGAGCAUGCCAAACAUGAAACUGUUCAGUAUCUCAUGGUGAAAGGAGCCAGGGUUAAUGCUAGUGAAAGGUCUGGAGUCACACCACUUCAUACAGCAGUUAAGCAUGCCAAACAUGAAACUGUUCAGUAUCUCAUACAGAAAAGAGCCAGGGUUAAUGCAGAAGAUAACAAUCAAGUCACACCACUCCAUGUAGCAGUUGAGCAUGCCAACUAUGUAACUGUUCAGUAUCUCAUAGAGAAAGGUGCCAAUGUUAAUGCAGAAGAUAACAAUCUAGUCACACCACUCCAUGUAGCAGUUAAGCCUGCCAAGCAUGAAAUUAUUCAGUAUCUCAUAGAGAAAGGAGCCAGGGUCAAUGCUAGUGGACGGUUUGGAGCCACACCACUUCAUGCAGCAGUUAAGCUUGCCAAACAUGAAACUGCUCAGUAUCUCAUAGAGAAAGGUGCCAAUGUUAAUGCAGAAGAUAAGAAUCAAGUCACACCACUUCAUGUAGCUGUUAAGCUUGCCAAACAUGAAACUGUUCAGUAUCUCAUAGAGAAAGGUGCUAAUGUUAAUGCAGAAGAUAACACUCAAGUCACACCACUACAUUUUGCAGUUGAGCAUGCCCAACAUGAAACUGUUCUGUAUCUCAUAGAGAAAGGUGCUAAUGUUAAUGCAGAAGAUAAGAAUCAAGUCACACCACUACAUUUUGCAGUUGAGCAUGCCCAACAUGAAACUGUUCUGUAUCUCAUAGAGAAAGGUGCUAAUGUUAAUGCAGAAGAUAAGAAUCAAGUCACACCACUUCAUGUAGCCGUUAAGCUUACCAAACAUGAAACUGCUCAGUAUCUCAUAGAGAAAGGUGCUAAUGUUAAUGCAGAAGAUAAGAAUCAAGUCACACCACUUCAUGUAGCAGUUGAGCAUGCCAAACAUGAAACUGUUCAGUAUCUCAUACAGAAAAGAGCCAGGGUUAAUGCAGAAGAUAACAAUCAAGUCACACCACUUCAUGUAGCAGUUAAGCAUGCCAAACAUGAAACUGUUCAGUAUCUCAUAGAGAAAGGUGCCAGUCUUACUGCUACAGGAAGGUUUGGAGUCACACCACUUCAUUCAGCCGUUGAGCUUGCCAAACUUGAAACUGCUCUGUAUCUCAUAGAGAAAGGUGCCCGUCUUACUGCUACAGGAAGGUGUGGAGUCACACCACUUCAUGUUGCAGUUGUGCAUGCCAAACAUAAAACUGUACAGUAUCUCAUAGAGAAAGGUGCCAAUGUUAAUGCAGAAGAUAUCAAUCAAGUCACACCACUACAUUUUGCAGUUGAGCUUGCCAAACAUAAAACUGUACAGUAUCUCAUAGAGAAAGGUGCCAAUGUUAAUGCAGAAGAUAUCAAUCAAGUCACACCACUACAUUUUGCAGUUGAGCUUGCCAAACAUAAAACUGCUCAGUAUCUCAUAGAGAAAGGUGCUAAUGUUAAUGCAGAAGAUAACAAUCAAGUCACACCACUACAUUUUGCAGUUGAGCAUGCCAAACAUAAAACUGUACAGUAUCUCAUAGAGAAAGGUGCCAAUGUUAAUGCAGAAGAUAACAAUCAAGUCACACCACUUCAUGUAGCAGUUAAGCAUGCCAAACAUGAAUCUGUUCAGUAUCUCAUAGAGAAAAGAGCCAGGGUUAAUGCUAGAGGAAUGUUUGGAGUCACACCACUUCAUGUAGCAGUUGCGCAUGCCAAACAUGAAACUGUUCAGUAUCUCAUACAGAAAAGAGCCAGGGUUAAUGCAGAAGAUAACAAUCAAGUCACACCACUUCAUGUAGCAGUUGAGCAUGCCAAACAUGAAACUGUUCAGUAUCUCAUAGAGAAAGGUGCCAAUGUUAAUGCAGAAGAUAACAAUCAAGUCACACCACUUCAUGUAACAGUUGAGCAUGCCAAACAUGAAACUGUUCAGUAUCUCAUAGAGAAAGGUGCCAGUAUUAAUGCAGAAGAUAACAAUUAGUGACACCACUUCAUGUAGCAGUUGAGCAUGCCAAACAUGAAACUCUUCAGUAUCUCAUAGAGAAAGGUGCCAAUGUUAAUGCAGAAG